CAUAUGCAAAAACAAUACAAAACCCUUCUGGAUUCGGUCAGACAGUUUUCCACGGGGUUUGCAAAAACAGUCCAGUCACAGAGGCAAUUCGCUUGCCAUUUGGCCCAUCUGGGUCAACAACAAAUGGAGCUCACAGCGGAGUUUGCCUACAACGCGGAAACUCAACGUAUGGCUGUUCUGCGUGGCGAGAAACUCUUAGGUUCAUUGGCACGAUUUAAUUGGAUACUUUGA